AAAUUUAAUAAGAAUUCUAUUUUUAAAGAAAAGAAACCCUUACAACCUUCGACUUCCCCACUACCAAUCACUACCAAAGUUGAUUUAAUUCAAGAACAAUCCGAACAGCACCAUUUUUCGGCUUUUACCUCCAAUCAAAUAGCCUAUGAAAUUUGUUCUAAAGAGGGGAUUAUGCAUCGUUCAUACGAGCAACAUUUUGAAAACACAAAAAAUUUACAAUCAUUUACUGAAGUGAUCGAAAGAACAAUUAAACGUUUACUUGAUUGUAGUCAACAAACUUUUAAUUUUAAUUUGCCAACAUUAAAUAAUGAAGAAAAAGCAUCAGCCAUUAAAUUAGGCGAAGAUACAAUUCGCCAUCAAGCAGUCCUUUUCUUAGCCUGCACAGCGCAGGCGAUUGAAUGGACAUCCGAAUCUCAACGUUUUGGACCCAAAUAUGGCCGCGCUUGUACGGCAAUUAAUCAAGGGGGUGAUUAUCUUUGUGAACUAAAUCAGUGCACAAAAGAGCUAGUCGCUUUAUAUUCAAAUCCCCAAUUUACCACCCAAAUACUUUCAUUAAUCAACUCUCUCAAUGAGGCUUUCAUUAAUUUUUUAGGUAAACUACAUCCUGAUUCGAAUGAAAAACGUUCCCAAUUUCUUUCAACUGCCAGUUUUGUAGGGGAAAGUGUCUUUAUUUUAUUAAAUUCAUUAAAUGCGGAUGAAACAGAAGCUAUUGAAGAAAAGAAUUUUUUUAAUAAUUUGAAUGAGGCUAUUCAAAACGUUGCUAAUUCAACUGCUGGAUUAGUUCUACAGGCUAAAAAUAUAUCUGGAUCGCCAACAGAUUUUCCUAGAGAUAAUAUUAUACAAGCAGCAACUCGAGUAGCUUUAUAUACAAGGUAUUGUAAAGCAUAA